UUUCGUGUCGACUCUUUAGUGUUUCUCCGCGCUUCCGUUCGUGCGUUUUGGUUGUGGUUCGGUGUGAAAGAAAGUAACGUCGGCCAGACUUGAAAAUUGAAUUUAGUGUUCUGGAGAGGAUUGUUUGUCGCCGCUUUUCUAGUACCGUGAAAGAAAAUGGCUGAAAGUAAGGGUGCGUUGAUCGCGAAGACAGUGCAAAAACAUGCAGGCAGAGCGAAGGAAAAGUUUCUUCAGAACCUGGGCAAGGUAGACAGGACCGCGGACGACAUAUUCGACGAGCAUCUGCAGAACUUCAUGAGGCAACAGAACGCCGCGAACAGGCUGCAGAAGGAGUUCAACAACUACAUCAGAUGCGUUCGAGCGGUGCAAGCAGCGUCGAAGACACUCAUGGAUUCCCUGAACGAGAUCUACGAGAGCCAAUGGACCGGGCAUGAUCUCCUCUACGUGCAGGCUCAAAAUCUAGACAUGUUGUGGCAAGACUUCACUCAUAAGCUUGCGGAUCAAGUCCUGGUGCCUCUCAACACUUAUCAAAGCCAGUUUCCAGAAAUGAGGAAAAAGAUCGACAAACGCGGACGAAAAUUGGUCGACUACGAUAGUCAGAGGCAUAACUUCCAGUCGCUACAGUGUAAUCCGAGGAAACGGGACGAGCUUAAAGUAUCUCGAGGAAAAGAGCUGUUGGAGGAGGCGAAACGUACAUACGAGCAACUAAAUUCAGAACUUCACGACGAGCUACCUGCCUUGUACGACUCCCGCGUUCUUUUCCUCGUUACUAAUUUGCAGACUCUUUUUGCUGCUGAGCAAGUGUUUCACACUGAGAGCGCUAAGGUAUAUUCCGAGCUGGAAGCGAUCGUCGAUAAAUUGGCAAAUGAAAGUCAGAGAGGAUCAUACACCCUGAAGAAGAACACCGAGCCCCAAUCGCCAAAAUCACCGAAUGCCAACUCUUCUUUAAUAAUCAACACACAACCGGCUCAGAACAAUAUUCUACCAGCCGUGGAUGAUUCCGCUCCGGCAGCGAGAAACACAUCGCCAACUACUCAAUUAAACGGCAAUGCUAACAGCAAUGCUAACAGCAAUGAUAAUUCCCUCAAUAACCAGGACGCAUCUCCGCAAAGCACAGUAGCGGCCUCUAAACGAGUCGAAGAGCUGUACGAUAUUCCUGUUGGGGCGACGACUGAUAACUUGCCACCUGGGGUUUUGUAUAGAGUCAAGGCUACUUACAAGUACAGAUGCGAGGAUGUGGAUGAAUUGUCUUUUGAUGUUGGUGAUAUUAUUCGUGUAGUGGAGUACGAUGACCCAGAAGAACAGGAGCAAGGCUGGUUAAUGGGUAUCAAAGAAGGUACAAAUGAAAAGGGUAUGUUCCCAGCAAACUUCACGAAACCUCUGUGAGAGCUUUACUAAAUUUAUCUAUUACACUCCAAUGCUCACUGCAAUAGCGUAUUCUAUUUAAAGAAAAUAGUUACAACAUGUAAAAAGUGAAAACGAUUAAAUAAUGAAUAUACAAUGAGAGGCAAUGGGAAAGGAAGGGGAUGUGAUGAGAUAGUUAUGCUGGAAGGUACUGUGGAAAAUUUAUCACCCCAAAGUGCCUUAACCCAGCCACUGUCUGUGCCAACGUUCAUUGUCUAUAAUAUGGGAUUAUCUUUUUCCCAUUUUUCAAUAUACCAAUAUGCAUCAUUAAUAAUCAAAUGAAAUAUUUAAGCGAAUAAUAUAUUGUAAUACACCACGCAAUACUAUAAUAUAAAAGGUAUAUAUAAAAGAUAUAUAUAUAUAUAUAUAUAUAAAUAUAAUUUUAUGAAAUUGUACAUAGAAUUAUACAUUUUAAGAAUAUUUUAUGAGAUAACUUUGUGGCCACAGAAAUUCUGAAAUUAUCAUUAGGAACUAAUUUAAUGAUCACGGCGCACCUUUUAGCGGGAAGUGAUCACAUAUUUGAGAAUCCAAUUACCUAUUUACAUUGUUUAUAUCAAGAUUUUACAUUCUUUACUUAUAGAAAUGAGAAAAGUUAGAACCGUAGAUCCCAUUAAUGGUAUCGACUUACAUAAUCAUUUUUCAGUGUAAUAUUAAUCAGUUUCAAUAUACUAAUAUUGAAUCAGAAAAUGAACACGCUGGAAUAAGAGGAUUUUUUUAAUACAAUUUUAUUAAUGUGAUGAUAUGACGGGACAUGCACGAAAGUUUACGGAUCAAAUUUUCUUUACACUUCUUCUACCCUUUGUUGUAGUAAAUCGUAAACGUUCAAUGACCAAGUAUUUUCUGAUAUACGUACAUACAUAUAUUAUAUAGAAAAUCAAACGAUAGUGAUUAGAUUACUGUUACUGCCCUUGCCUCUAUUUGUGUAGUAAGAGUAGCAUGAAUAUCAGUGAAUGGUCCAAUGAAGAAAAUUUGUAGUGCUAAUCAAUACUCGUUGAUUAUACCGACAACAUUUUUGCACCAAACUUUAUGUAAUAAAUAGAGUUACAAUAAUGUACGGUUAUAUAGUACAAGGAGAAUAUCAACUUCAGCUUCCACUAAGUCGUGUGUCCUUUUAUCAUUAUAUUUGCAUUGAUCUAAGACGUACAGAACAUAGGAAAGUUGGAUUGCUUAUUUUAUAAAUGAAAUGCUUUAUGAUUGAACGAUUGAUCCAUUGUCACACUAACAAUUAAUCCUACAUAUGAAUUAAAACUCUAAACAAAUGAUACGUUCACUUGAAGAGCAUUGUAGGUGCAUGUUAUGAAAAAUGUAUUGACUAUUUUACAGUUAUAUAUUUAUGAUAUUGAUAAUAGAUGAACGUAUAUUUAUAUUCUAUAAAGUGGACCAACAGGAAAACAUGCAAAAGAAAGAAAAAA